GCAAAAGAAAGGUGAAGCUAAACAAAAGGGUAGCAUGUAGAUAGCAUUUAGUAAUUAAUAAGUGAAAAUUAUUAUUAAAGUGAUAUAACAAAAGCAUCUAUAUAAUAUGACUGAGUGACAAUGUUUGUUGUUUUAUAAUUGUGAUCUAUUAGUCAAUAAUAUGAAGCACAAUGCGUCGUGUAAUGGUGGCCAUUAGAAGCAAUAAUUAUGUAUAUUGGCAUACUUACUGCUUUACGAACCAUCGAUGAAAGCUCUAAAAACAGACUACAGUGUGUUUGUAUGAUAUUUUUGCUGGACACUAUGUAAAAGUCAAAGUGUUUAUUAUCAUGAAGUGAACGAAUACAACCCAGUGUAUAUAGUAGUUAAUUUUACCAUGGCCCAGAAUCAGGGGGAAGUACAAGUGACUCCGAACCAACCAGUCAAAGAUAAAGAUAUCUAUGCUUGUCUUCCUGAUAUGCGAACUAAUGGUCCACUUAGACCCGAUGAACCUUGUUCUGGUGGCGAAGAGUUGCGAUGGUUACCUGCUCAAGCAACAGACAGGGAUCUUGUUAUGUACUUAAGAGCUGCUCGCUCAAUGGCAGCGUUUGCCGGUAUGUGUGAUGGAGGAUCCCCAGAUGAUGGCUGUGUAGCAGCCAGCCGUGAUGAUACAACUAUCAAUGCUUUAGAUGUUCUUCACGACUCAGGUUAUGAUCCUGGCAGAGCAUUACAAGCUCUUGUUAAAUGUCCCGUCCCUAAAGGAAUUGAGAAAAAGUGGACUGAAGAAGAAACAAAACGUUUUGUGAAAGGUAUCAGACAGUUUGGUAAGAAUUUCUUUAAGAUUAAAAAAGAUUUACUACCACACAAAGAUACUGCAGAAUUAGUAGAGUUUUAUUAUUUAUGGAAAAAGACUCCUGGUGCCAGUAGUAAUAGACCACAUAGGAGACGUCGUCAGGCUUCUCUGAGACGUGUGAGAAAUACAAGGAAUUCUCGUGCUGGUACACCUAAAGAGCAAACACCAGAAGCUACGCCAACCGUGCCUGACACCAAUGGUUCUCGGCCCUCGCCCAAUCCAAAAGAAGCUGGUGAAAUGAGUUCAGUCACUGAAGAUGAGAACUCAGAAGAUGACAGCGAUUCUCGAGAUGCAGGAGAUCUAGUAAAGCCUGAUAAUACUAGGGUUGAAAAUCCAGAUGAUUCACCUAGUAGAAUGAGAACAAGAAAUAAAUCAAAAGAGCAAACAACUCCAAAUGGUAAAAAGGGUCAGGAUGAAAGUGAUAAUGAUACAAAAGCUAAGAAAAUAAGCAAACCAAAUAUACAAAGUACAAAUAAUAAUAUUACUGAGAAAGUACUUUCAUCUCCAGUGAGUAAGGAUACCAAGAAAAAGGUAACUAAUGGAAAGGUUGAUGUUUCCAAAGUUAAGAAACGUCUUCCAGAUGAUACUAAAACUGAAGGUUGUGGUGGAAUUAUGGAUGGUGAUGUACAGAUGAAGAAAAAGAAAGCAGCCGAACCUCCUGAUAGUCCAGCAGAAAGCCUGACAAAUGACAGUUUCCCAGCAAUGGAUGAAUCAGAGGCUGCUGAACCAGAGGCCGAGGCUUGCGACUUUAGUUUUAGUAAAACAGACAAAGAAAAUACUGAUCAAAAUAAAGAACCAGAUGCAGAGCAAGCAGUAAAGAGUAUAGAACCACAAAUAAAGACCGAAAUCAAUCCUGAGCCGGCAAUUAAAAUAGAAAAAGACUUACUGCCUCCAAUAUUUAAAGUUAUCUCUGAAAAAGAUGAACGAACUGCACUUGAUCUUAAAACAGAUUCAAACAAUGCUAACAAAAUUCCAGAAAACAUUGAUUCAAGGCCUAUGCCACUGUUUCCCAAGACUGAACUUAUUAUACCUAAAGUUACACCCAUGUCUACAGAGCUUAUAGAGAAAAUAAAAAUAAAGGAAGAGAUAGAUACAGAUGACCAAUCACUUAAUUUACAGAAAGAGGAAUUCCAAAAAGAUACUCUCUCCCAUAACUUUUCAGGACAUGUUUUGAGUCAAUCAAACAAACCACUUAAUUUAGAAAACACCAACUUUUUUGUGAAAGAUAACCACAUGUAUAAUCCUAAACUUAAUCACAAUAUUAAGAUUGAGGGAGCUCCAAAUAACAUCUUUAACCCAGCAACUAUGUCAAAGGAUAGUUCUAUUAUAAGAAAUACGAAAGAUUUCACAAGUGGUAUGCCGCCAUUUUCGUACCCAGCUAACAUAAACUUCACUAGUGAUUCUAACAAACAUAAUCCUCACAUCAAUCCACUAAAAACUGUCAUCAAACUUGAACCUCGAGAUGAAACAAGUGAAAUGAAGAAUCAAAACACACCUGAAAUAUUUACAGCAACUAUAUCAGCAGCCAACAAAGUUGAUUCACCCAGUACACCUAGAUUGGAAUCUAUGCAGAGGAUAAGUCCAUCACCUACAAAUCAAAGGGCUUCAUCACCUCCUCAUAUGGAACAUCCUUCCAAUACGAAUACUGAACCUAUAUCGCCUGCAAACACACAAGAAAUGAAAACCCAAGAAUCUGAUAGUGAAGAUAAACAACCUACAGACUUAAAAACCCAACAAAUAUCUAAACAUGAUGGCCAAAAUCUUCGGCAACCACUAUUCGCUCCGCCUGUACGUCCUGAAAAUCUUGGUGUAAGAUCUACCGAAGCCUCAAAUACACCAGUUUCAAUUCAAAAUAUGCCUCCACCACCCUUGAGUCAACCAUCUAUGACAGGGCUUUUACCUCCAGGACCACUUAUAUCAGUAGGAGGCGGGUCUAAUGUGGGGCCUUAUGGAUUCAUGCCUUCCGCAUUGUACGGCCAUCCUGGACAUCCUGGGCAUCCAGGAUUAGAUAAGCCUGGAUCAAUGCCGCCUUUAAUGCAACAAGUUCCACCAUCACAUAAUCACUCUGCUACAAGUCUUAUUGCCCAACAAUCAAAUCAAAAUGACUCAUCUAUGCCACAAGAUCUUAAAAUCAAGCAAGAAGUUCCAGAUAAUAUGCCAGCUAAUCUGUCAACACAAAAUGUGUCUGAUCCUUUACAAUCACUUAAAGAAGUUAAAGUGCCUGGAUACCCUAUAGGUAGUGCUAUCGCCCAACAUCUAAGUUCAGAAAGAGACAGAGAGUCCAUUUCAAGUGUCGAAAAUAACAGUCGACCACCAAGUCAACCACAGAAUGAAAAUUCUAAUAUGCAAAGUGCAUUCCUUGGUCCCAGAAUUGAAAGUAUAAAGAAAGAACAGGAUUUCUUGCAUCAACCACAUAUAACACCAGUAUCAACGAGUCAAGGAAGUGGAUCAGAUUCUACAAGUACAGCUCCUCCCGUAAAAAGUCCACAUACACCGACACCUAUAAAGAGCCACUCUAGCCACAAUGGUACCCCGGGCCAUCCACAUCCAUCGGCGACAACGUCUCCGUUUUCGAGGCAUAUGACAAGCCCUUCUCAACCAAGACAAAUUUCAGCUUCUCCGGUGCAACCGAAUACACCGGUAUCGCACUCGGCACUAAAUUUGAUGAAUCCAACACCAUUGACCAUACCAGCAACAAUGUCUGGACCAGUAUUGCAUUCUGGCCAACAGCCUGGACAUCCACCACAUCCGUUUUCGUCACCAUUACAUCAUCCUCAUCAUCCCUUGCUCCAUCCGUCGUCCAUAUUCCAACUAUCCGCAGCAGCUGCUGCUCAUGCAAUGCAUCCGUACUAUGCUCAUCCACACCCGGGUUAUUCAAUGCCCUAUCCCUAUCCGUAUGGUCCCUUGCCUCAGCCGCAUCCUAUCCCACCAAUGCAUCCAGCUUCCAGUACACCAGGAAGACAUGAACCAGUGAAACCAGCAACAAUUGAAUCAACAACUAUGUUAAGUGCUCAUCACAGUACAAGUUCGUCUGUUACAACAAGGUCAUUACGAGAAAUAUCUGAGAGCAGUGAAGAUCCUCGAAAUCCGAACUCAACCACAGAGAGACAUCAGCUACAUGAAACAACUAUGACUCAUCAUCACUCAACCAGCCAUCACAGUGCUGUACACACGAGCACAGAAAAGCAACCCAGCCACGUCGGAGGUGGUACCAAUCAUACCCUCUCUAUAUCGCACUCUACUUCUAGUAGUUCUUCGCAGUCGAUACAACACAAAAUAAAUACACAGCAAAAAUCAAGCUCACAUUCAAGUUCACCGCUGCAUUUGUCGGCAAGUUUAUCUCAGACAACGAGUUCGUCUUCAAGCGUAAAUGUAACCAAUAACCAUACACAUCACCAUUCUCACCAUCUCGCUCAUCACCCAGAGCGAUUGUCACCGGCUGAUUCGAUGCUUCUCAGACACCACCCGAAGAUGCUUCCAGGCAACCCUAAUCAUCUUAUGAUUCAACCUCCUUCUAUGGGACAUCCAGGACUAGGCCUCGGUUUACCGCCGGGUCCCGUACCUAGUUCUAUUGAAAGCUUAAGAUUACAUGCUCAAGCAGCUGCAAGUUUACAAUCGGCGCAUGCUAGAUCUGGUUCUCCGCACCAGAUGCCACAUGGUCAUCCACAUCUUCGUGGUCAACCAAGACCAAUUCCAGACGACAAUCCAGAACUUAAAUUGGAAACUCAGUCACAACCAGAAGAAGAAGAAAUUCCAAGUCCAGCUCACAUACCUCAUGGUCCCAGUCCAGAACCUAAAAUAGAGGAUACAGAAUGCCACAGAUCACAAUCUGCAAUAUUCUUAAGGCAUUGGAAUCGAGGUGACUACAAUUCAUGUACGCGUACAGAUCUUAUAUUUAAACCUGUACCAGAGUCUAAACUUGCCCGCAAGAGGGAAGAGAGACUUAGAAAGCAAGCAGAAAGAGAUAGAGAAGAGAGAGAAAAAAUUGCUCAACAAGCGCACAGAAAGAUCGCUACACCUGAAAAACCAGAAACAAAACCGCCGUCAAGAGGUGCUAUCGAAACGAUCACAUCUCCCUAUGAUAGAUUUCCAAGACCACCUGGAUAUCCAGACACUCCGGCAUUACGACAGUUAUCUGAAUAUGCGCGACCUCAUGCUGGGUUCAGUCCAGGAAAUAUUCCGCGGCAUUGUAUGGACCCGAUGCUUCAGUAUCAAUUAAGUUCUAUGUAUGGGGCUGCCGGGGCUCGAGAACGGCUUGAACUUGAACAUUUAGAAAGAGAAAAACGGGACAGAGAAAUACGAGAACUGCGAGAACGUGAACUGAACGAUCGACUGAAAGAAGAAUUAUUAAAAAAUAACGUCGGCCCGAGAGCCAUCGAUCCCCACUGGUUAGAAAUGCACAGAAGGUAUGGAAUGCCACCUCCGCCACCUCAAGGAGCUAUUCCUGUCCAGUUUGGAUUAUACCCGCCGGGGCACGGGCCCGCUGCCCUGUCUCAACUAGAAAGAGAAAGGUUAGAACGACUCGGUAUACCUCCGGCCGGAGCGGGAGGACCGCCACAAUCAGUGCCGGUGACGGGUGCUCCUUCACAUCACCCGCAUCACCCACAUCCUGGAGUAGCGGCCGCGCAACUGGAGGCAGCGGAGAGACUAGCGCUCGCGGCGGACCCGAUGGUGCGAUUGCAGAUGGCAGGAAUCAAUCCGGAGUAUCACGCGCACACUCACGCACACACCCAUGCACACUCCCAUACGCAUUUACAUCUACACCCAGGACAACAAGCUGCCCAGGCGCAGCAAGAUGCCCUUAGUCUCGGUCUGGGUGGGGGAGGUCCCUACAGACCGCUUCCACAUCCAGACCUGCUAGGUAGGCCGUACGCCGAGCAACUGGCGCAUCAGGCGGCAGCUCAUGAACAGCUGCAGAGACAGUUGUUGUUGGAGCGCGAGCGUGGCUUCCUCCACCACGAGGACUUCCUGCGACAGCAGCGGGAACGUGAAUUGAAAGUUCGGGCGUUGGAGGAGGCAGCGCGCGCCUCGCGACCGUAGGGUUCCGCACGCCUCCCGCCCGACGACGCCGUAGUGGUGAUCGAGUGAAGAGAGGUGUUACAUACUUGAGUGCUAGUGCUACGGAACGAUGCAACAGAACGGUUUUUUUACGUGUGACGAUAGUAAUUGUAAUUUAUAUUUAUAACUUAAUUAUUUAAGUUUUUUUUUUAUAAUAUUUUUAUAGUCGCAUGGUCAUGUCGCUUGGUUCCAUGCUCAAAUUUAUUUCAUAACGACUAGUCAUAAUUAAAUUCUAUUUGUAGAGAACGAGAUGAAGUCACACAAUUUUACAUAGAGUGAGUGCUGUUAGUCUAAAUUAUUGUUUUAUAUUUUAAUUAUAAACAUUAAGGGUGCUGGUUGACAUUCUUGCGAAUGGACCACUGACUAAGUUAAGGGUUAAACUGCUUAUAUUCAUGACAUAAUAAAUAUUUCUUGUACAUACUUAUUAAAAAAAAAAAAUAAGGAAAAAAUUAAAGUAGGGUCUAACUGACUUGCCUUCUUAUCGACUUGCCUUUUUAUGUACUUGUUAUUAACGUGGGGAUCGUGAGCGAAUUAUAAGAGAUUUCUUCUAAAUCACUUUGUAGACAAUUAAAUUAUAAUAAUAUAUCGUAUGAAAUUGCUAAUAUAUUCCGAUUUUUUACAAGUUCACAUUCGUCUAUAAAGUGUAGCUGUAACGACAUAUCAAUGUUAUCUCAAACUAGUUGUGUUCGGAGCGUUUAGUUGACGGAUCGCAAUAGUUUAUCAGUCUGAUAUAUGGGAAAGGUGUAUAUACGACCUUGGUUUACGCGAGCUCGGACGGACGUUAAUGAUAGCUAUAUAUUUUUUUAAGACGUAAAGAGCUCUAUUAUUGUAAUUAAUCUGUGUUACGACUGGCAAUUAUAAAAUAUUGUAUGUAUCUAAUGAAUAUUCAUUAUCGUAAAAAAAUAAAUUAUUGUAUAGUUUAGUUGUAAAUAUAGUUAGUUAUUUAGUUAUACACGAGUAUAUCAAUCCGGAAGUGAUUUGAAUAACAGAGUCUAAAUUAUAUAGAAAUUAAUAGUAAACUCCCACUUAACACAUCGGACUAAAAUCAUAGUGUUUCAGUGUUGCAGCAAUCGGUUAUAGUACGACACCAUUAGUUUUACGGCGAGUUUACGGCCGUUUAUAUUAAGUACAAAGUAUUCGCUGGCUCAGUAUUUCACGACGAGUGAAAUGAAAAAUAUUCUCGGCGUUCUUUAUAAUGACUUAUAAAAUAUUUUAUAUACUAUAGUUGUACCAGUCUCACUAGCUACUUAAUUCUAUUUCGCUAUAAAAUCAGCUGACGACAUUUGAGCGAAAAAUUAACGGUUCUGAACCAUUAUUUUUGUUUGUGUGCUGGAUAUAGUUCGGUUGUUUUGUAAAUUAUAAUAGUACCACACUAUGACAUUUAAAAAAAAGUUUUUAAUGCACCGUAAUGUAAAAUAAACAUUGUAAUAAAUAGAUAUUGUUAGUGAUGGAUUAAAUUUAGGAUAUUAAAUAAUAAUGUUCACAAUCGCUUGGUAGGUGUUACGUCGAUAAUGCCGUGUUUCUGAGAUGAUUAUUUUUUUUAGAGAAAAAAAUAUAUCUUUUUAAUUAAGAGGUCGCGUGUCGGAUUAUAACUUCAUUUUAUUAGACAAUAAGUUUAAAUGGAUGUCUUAGUGCUUUUGUGUAAAUUUUUUUGAAUAAUAUAUGUGAAAAAUUUCA